GAGCGAGAGCCGCAACACUACAGGAACAUCCGUACUUCUUGCACACGAUACCAGAGGACAGUGGUGCAGAAGCGAAUUGAACCUCCCACUAUCGUAUCAGCCGAGUGACAGAUAAGAUUUGCACAUUUUUUUCAUCUCCUCUCAUUUAGCAUUUGACGAUGCCGUCAAGCAACAGUGGUUCGAACUACACCAGUAAUGAUAACAUCCACGAUGAAAAGAUACGGCAUGCUGUUGAAGCUUCUCCGAACAUCCUCACUCAUGACACAGAGUUCGAUAAGUUGAGGAGGCAAGAGCAACUGCCUCAUCAUUCACAACCUGCCUCAUCGAAACUUUCAUUGGCACUGCAAAAACAGCAGAAAUCAAACCCCGGUUCAUUGAACACUUCGGUAAUAAACAGGGAUGAGAGCCUUAUAAAUGCCGAGGUCGAGCGGAAGUUGACUAUUCCAGAUGCUUCAUCUUUUACCGAUUCCUCCAGUUCCAAUUCCAAGUCCAGUACUUUAUCCCAUCAGAAUCCAAAUCACCAGACUCUAGCACGGUCGAUAACGAGUACAGAUGCCAAGGGCAAGAAAAACCAUGGUUUGAGUGUGUUGACGUCGAUCAACGAACCGUUUGCUGAAGUCAGUGAAGAAAUGGUACACUCGGAUGUAGUAGGCUCUAAUGUCGUUACUAUAACGGAGACCAAGAUUCUAAAGCAAACAUUGAAAAACAACCUACUACAUGAUGCAGACAGUCCAGAUGUCAACAGAAGACGAAAUACAUCGGGGUCGGAACAUUUCAAUACUCAUAGAGAGUUAAUCAAUGACAUUAAUGGGGACACUCACAGAAACGAUUUCUAUGAUAUGGACACAGACAAGAAAAAAGACAUGGACGAUGAAGAAGAAGAAGAUACCGAUGAUGAGGAUCUCAACGAGCAAGACCUCCACGUUGUGGACUUUUCACUGAUAGAAGACGACGAAGACGACGAUGAAAUAGACCCAAACAAUAGAGGAGUGAAAGAAGCAGAAGAAGAUUUAAGCGAAUACAAAGAAGGAGGAUACCAUCCGGCAUACAUUGGAGAAACCUAUAAGAACGGAAGAUAUAUAUUAGUAAGGAAAUUAGGAUGGGGUCAUUUUUCAACGGUUUGGCUUGCAAAGGAUACUUUGAACAACGUUCAUGUGGCUAUGAAAGUGGUAAGAAGCGCACAAGGGUAUAGAGAAACUGCAGUGGAUGAAAUCAAACUUUUAACAAAGAUAAAUAUAACCGACGAAGAGCAUCCUGGUCAUCAAUAUCUCAUCAAGUUGAUAGAUUACUUUGACCACAAAGGUUGUAACGGUACCCAUAUCUGUAUUGUGUUUGAAGUUUUGGGAGAGAACUUGCUAGGUUUGAUAAGACGUUACAAACACAAGGGACUCCCGAUCAAAUUUGUCAAGCAGAUAGCCAAGGAAAUUCUACUGGCAAUCGACUUUUUACAUAGAAAAUGUGGUAUCAUUCAUACAGAUAUCAAGCCUGAAAACAUCUUGAUCGGCAUUUACGAAGUCGAAGCUUUGUUAAAUUACCUUGAAGAGACACAAUGGGAACGCCACAUAUUGAAGAAGAUAUCUAGCAGAAUUUUGAGCAACGGAAAUGGUAGUAUCGACACCAAAAGUUUGACUAACUUAGCGAAGGCAAGAAAUGCGUCCUAUGGUAAAACACGAUAUGGUAAGAGAAGGGCAAACACAAUUGUCACCGAUUCCCAGCCUUUACCAUCUCCAUUACGGUCACAUUCCAACUCUUUUUUUAAUUCGCCAUUGAGCAGAUCACUGAACAAUAACAAUUCUGCAAAUACCGACGAAAACCAACAAAAUAUCCCAAUCCCCCUGUCUGCUUCGUCGAAUCUUAAUAGCGGCAGCAUAGCUCGCUCGAGCUCAUUCACCUCGUCUGAAUUGCCGAGCCGCAUGUCAUACAAAGAUAUUCAGUCGAUUAUGGAUAAACAAAAUGAGACAGAGAAAAGUCUAUUUGAUUAUGUUCCACCAAGUGCAGACGAAAUCGUCGAUGACGAUGUUAUUAGAGUCAAGAUUGCAGAUUUAGGGAAUGCAUGUUGGACCUUCAAGCAUUUUACUAACGACAUCCAGACAAGACAAUAUCGAUCUCCCGAGGUCAUCCUAGGAGCCGACUGGGGCUGCUCUGCAGAUAUAUGGUCCAUCGGAUGCCUGAUUUUUGAGCUUUUGACAGGUGAUUUCCUGUUUGAACCAACAGUAGGUCAAUCAUUCAGUAAAAAUGAUGACCACUUGGCCCAGAUCAUGGAACUUUUGGGACCAAUCCCUGAAGAGCUAGUUAAGUCCUCACAUUAUGGUAGACGCUAUUUCCAUUCAAACCUUCGUACGCUUCGCAAAAUCCAGAAUUUGAAGCCAUGGCCGCUUGAAAGUGUUUUGCUAGAAAAAUACAAAUUCAGUGAACAGGAUAGUUUGGAGGUUGCAGAUUUUCUCAAGGGUAUGCUAGUUCUUGACCCCAAGAGACGCAUGGACGCUGCUGGUUUAUCCAACCACUACUGGCUCAACGAUGCCAACGUUGAAGGUCAUAUAGAUAGAGAGGUAGGUACGAGAGGUGAAGAUAUAGGAGAGGGCUGGUAUCGGGAGAUCUCCAAAGUUUAGAGUUAGGAGGAUAACUUACCAUUACACUGUUACUAUAGUUUUUUUUUCCGGU